CCAAGGUUGAAAUGUAUUCACGUGACUUUGUUUAGGGUGCUUUAUCACGUGAUGUAAAUAUGGCUGACGAAGAAUAUGAAGCGACAGAAGAAAUGGAAGAAAAUGAUGUAUUAAAACCUGUUUUUGUUGAUGGAAUGCUCUCAUUGGCUGGACAAGAUGUCACCAGGAUUCCCAUUGAAGCUGUCCAUGAAUUUGCUGGGAAAACAAGAAGACUAGAUCUGAGUUUUAAUUGUUUAAGAUCAUUGGAGGGCUUGGAAAGUUUCACACAACUGGAGGAGCUUGUGUUAGAUAAUAAUGAAUUAGAUGAUGGAAUAAGGUUACCACAACUAAAGAAUCUACAUACUGUCACAUUAAAUAAAAAUAAAAUAACAAAUCUUGAUCAGUUAUUGGACAAUCUGUCGUGUAACCUGCCUAAUUUGACAUAUCUGAGCCUGCUUAGUAACGAGGCGUGUCCCAAUCAGCUGUCAAGUCUGGACAAGGACGACGAGGAUUACCAGAGAUACCGGUAUUAUGUAUUGUUUCGUUUGCCCGGCCUUAAGUUCCUGGACUCCACAAAUGUCAAGGAGGAGGAACUUGCAGAAGCCAAGAGAGUGGGCCCUUAUAUGCAGGUCAUAAAGGUCAAAGAGGAUGAGAUAGAACAUAAGGAGGAGGAAGAUGAAGAACCUGCCCCAUUCUCACCUCUCCCCAAAUCUACCAAGAGUCUGGACAAACCAAUUGCUUCAUUUGGCAAGAGUAAAUAUAUUUACUAUGGGAAGCAAUCAGAAGGAAACAGAUUUAUAAGAAACAAAGAUUUGUGAAAUUUCUCAAUACAAGGACAUGACUCAUCUUUAAGCCACAGUUUAUCAUCUGUUUUAUGUGCCAUUCCAUGAAAUAGUUGUUAAUAUUGAUAUCGCUGUACAAAAGAUAUACUGGAAAGUUAAGGAAAAUUUUUUGAGGUUGUACUGUUUCAGUAUAGGCAAUAUAACCCUGUGUCAGGGUUCUGUAGAGCACUGGUGACACUGUUGUCGAUAAGACAUUUUACCUUUAUACAUGCUGUGUCUCUAUUGUGUUCUUGUUUUAAUGUAAAACAAAGAAAUGGACAAAAAUUUAGUUUUCCAACUAUCAUCUAUAUCAAUAAAUUCUGAACAUUCUUUUGUGUGGUUUAAGUAUCAAACUGAAAACAAGUUAAAUUAUUUCAGCAAAUUAUUCAAUAAUUUUAUCAUUGUCAAGAAAUGUUGCUUACUUGUGCAUGAUGCAGUGAAUGAGUAUAGGAUAUGAUAGAUUUUUUUUUAAUUUCUGUGUGCAGUUUAAAUGAGAAAUGUUUGUUCACAAUGUUAAAUACAAUUAUCUGGCAAUGUUUAUCUUUUCCCUUAAAUACUGGUAUGUAUGUAUUGAAAUGAUUAAUGGAUAUACAAAUGUGAAAUUUUAUUUUCUUCAAUUGAAAAAAAAAUAUUUC